AUGGCUAUUCAUCCGCCAGAGCCAUACGACAAAAACAAUGAGUGGAUUGCGGCGGCCAAGGCCAACUUCCCACCCUACAGCCAGGAAUUCCCCGACGAGAAUGCCACCAGGAGGUUCUCCAACGGCAAGGCCCCUAGGGACAUAAUAGCUUCCAGGUUGGGAGUUAAGGAACUAUUGAAACCAUACAUCAGAGAGGAUCUUGAGCUAGGUGACCUACGCAUUGGUGUUGCCUUUGCCUCAGGUGGCAGUGGAUACGAUCCUUUAACUUCAGUACUCACGGUUGCUACAUCGAGUACUGGACAGCUGGAGUUAUUCCAUGACUAUAAGGAGAGGCUAAAAGCUUUAGUCGGUGAACAGGAGAUGACACGUGUUAUAUCUGAAGGCAUAUACUUCACGGUCUAUGGGGCAAAUGACUUCACAAAUAAUUAUUUCUCACAAAUUUCUAUGAGGCGCUAUCAAUAUGACCUUCCUUCGUACAUAAGAUUUCUUGUUUCUUCAGCCGUCAACUUUACAUUGAAAUUAAAUGAGAUGGGUGCAAAGAGAAUUGGGUUCAUUGGCAUUCCACCAGUUGGAUGUUCUCCUUCACAAAGAGAGCUUGGAUCAACAGAAUGUGAGCCAGUGAGGAAUCAAGCAGCGCAAUUAUUCAACUCUGAAAUCACAAAGGAAAUCCUUCGGCUAAAUGCAGAACAAAUUGUUCUAGGCUCAAAGUUUGCUUAUCUUGAUAUGUACAAUAAUUUACUUGAUCUCAUUCAGCGACCUAAUUACUAUGGUUUCACCAAGGUCGCCGAAGGAUGUUGUGGCAGUACAAUGCUAGAUGUAGCAAUAUUCAUUAAAAAUCGUCCUGCAUGUCCAAAUGUUCAUGAUUAUAUUUUCUGGGACAGCUUCCAUCCUACUGAAGAGGCCUACAACAUUGUUGUUGAUAAACUCUUUCAGCAAAAUUUACAGGACCUGAUGUAA